GGGGCGCGACAGCCAGGUUUAGUCUGCCGUCAACCGUCGAACGAGGAACGUGUACCGUGCCCGUGAUUGUGUUGUGUGUGAUGUGAUAUUGGAUCGUGAAGUGUCAAUAAGUGAUUUUAAACUGGAGAAGGAUAAUUUACUGUGGAGCAACAUGCUCACGUCCAGCAAUCAGUAUUUAAGGCCUGAUUACCUGUCGCCUUUGCCAACGACGCUCGACGCGAAAAAGAGCCCGCUGGCACUCCUGGCGCAAACGUGCAGCGCUAUUGGCGCUGAUACACCGAACCCCAAACUCAUUUCAGCCGCUGAAAAGGCUAGCAAGAAGUACGACGACAAACCGACGCAUGUAGACAACAAACCCAGUUUCAAGCCUUACGAAUCGUGCCUGACGAGAGAAAAGACUCGAACACCUGAGGACAGGGCAUCAGUUAAUACUCAGUCGAAGACUCCUUCCUCAAAGGGGAGUGCUUCUACUACCCCAGUGCAAGCGCGCUGUAGCAGCAACCAAAGUUCAUCAUCGCUACGGACCUCACCACCUACGCAUCGGAAAACGCCUUCAGAAAAAUCAGAUGAAAGAUCCAGUCCCAUUUCAUCACCUGCCCAAGUGAAAUCAAAUUCUGAUUCUUCGAAUACUGCGUCCAAGUUACCGUACUCAAAUAGUCUACCGUCCAGUACAGAAACCAAAGAACCUACGAGCUUCAAACCAAGCGUACCUGUUUCAUCAUCUGCUUUUCUAGGAGGAUUGCCGCCUUCCGGUUUCCCUCUACCUAUGGAUUUAAUGACAAGCAGUCUUAUGGCUGCUCAGCACCAAGCCUUGAAAAAUGGAUUGAAUCCGUACCUGGCGUAUGCUAGAAUGAAAGCGCCCGGUAGUGAUUUAGGUAUUUGCAGAGAUCCCUAUUGCACUGGAUGUUCUUUAAGUUCACAUUUGCUUAAAUCUGCCGUGUGCCCCGCUGGCUGUGCGCAGUGUGAUCACGCUAAAACUCCUUUUUCACUACCUUCUGGUCACCCAGCAGCGGCCGCGUAUGCUCACGCGCAAUUAGCAGCUUUAGCAGCGGCAUCGCAGCUACCUUUUGUAUGCAGUUGGAUGGCUGGAGAUUCGGCGUAUUGUGGAAAACGAUUUGCAACAUCAGAAGAACUUUUGCAACAUUUAAGAUCUCACACGGCCAGCGGUGAUUCAAGUCCGAGUUUAUCAAUGUUGAGUGCCACACAUCCGCUACUACAAAGGACAUAUCCAACGCCUCCGUUGUCGCCUCUGACGCCAAGGUUCCACCCCUACAGCAAACCGUCGCACCUGAUGUCGUCACCGCCUCUGCCUUUCCCUUUGCCGCCGCACCCGUCGCUGGCGGCGUACUUCCCCUCGUAUCCUCUAUUUGGACCGAGGCCGUUGCAUCCUUGAGGACCGUCGGCGCUCCACGCUAAUAAAAAGGGGGGCGCCGAACAUUAACGCCCAAGCCAAACGAACAUUUGAAACUGAGGACAGUGUAGAUAUCGGAUAGGGUUCUGCAGUUUCUAGUCGGCUCAUAUCAUCGACGGACAUGGCCCCGAGGGGCGCGCCAGCUGUGAUCUCUAACUUGUAAUUCGUGAUGUUAUUGUGCACUGAUAACGCUCGCAUCGCUUUGUCCCGCGAGCGCGGUUUAUUUUAUAGUUAGACUAACGAAAUUUUUAUGUACCAAAUCUAUAGUUUGUAAUUUAAAUAGUUUUUUUAAUUUAAUUUGUUAUGUACAAGUAGAGAGGAUUGUUACAUGUGUUUGUAUUUUAAUGUCCACCUUUGAGAAAUAUUUUCACAUACUAUGCUUUCGAAUAAAUUAAGAAGUCUUACAUCGUUAAAUGUUACCGCAACACAAUGCUGUCUUAUUUCAAAUAGCGAUUUUAAACUCCGAUAUAAUCUAAAUAGCGUCGAACACAUUUAAAUUCAAAUUUACAUUUUAAUGUAAUUUAAAGUGGUUCUAUUUUUUGUUUCGGAUAAUCUUGAAAAGAUUAAAGUCGUAAAUGUUCUUUGUAAAGCAAAAACGGUAAACAUUAUUGCCUGCACUAGAUUGUUUAAGUGAUAUUGUAAGCAUUGGUAUCUGUUGACAUAAAAAUUUGUUGUUAUAAAGGUCAUAAAAUGGAUGAAAUAUACGUAAAUAUUUAAUUUCGAA